AUGGCUUGCCGGAGCAAGGCCGGAGAUGGCCAUAACAACUUGAACCAACAAGGUCUGGAUGAAGCUCUUCGUAUUCAGACCAUGAAACCUCAGCAAACAGGUGGGAGCGCAGAUGCGGUCAGAGUUUCGCAGAAGCGGACUCGUUGGGGCGAUUGUGGAAGCACAGAAGCGGAAAUGCUAGCCAAGCGCGGGGUCGCAGAAGCGGAGCCCCUUCCGCAGGAGCGAGAGCAUAGAUGCGCAUUUUGGUCCGCAGAAGCAGCGUUUGCUAGGCUAAGUGAGAACCGCACCUGCGAUGGAAAUUCCGCAAGUGCGGAGCCGCAAAUACGGCUGUGGGUUCGCAGAUACAAAAUUGCUGGGCAGAAAAGGCCUAAGUUUGAGGCCUUUGAUGCAUCUACUAUAGCGUUUCUCAAGGCUAAUGUCAUGAGCGACACUGUGUCAAAGCCCACACGCGUCGAAGUCGUGUCCGCCGUGAUGUGGAAGUGUUUCAUGACAACAUCAACAAAAACAAGAACAUCGUCGUACUUGUUGUACAACGUCAAUAUACGAAAGCAGCUUGUCCCCCCACCCCCUCCCCCCUUGCCUAAUCACUGUAUGAGAGACAUUGUUGCAAUGACCACAGCAUACAAAGGUGAGAACGAUGGUAAUGAGUUAUCCACCCUUGUUUCUUGUAUUAGAGAAGGAAUUUCAGAAUUGAGUUCUAAAUAUGUGGAUAAAUCGAGACAAGAUGAGUCAAUCUUGGCCAUUCCCCAAGACAGCUUGGAACUAGGACUUGCAUUUAAUUAUAUUCUACUGAUGGAUUCAACAGAUGGUGGUGGAAUAUAUGCAUGGGUGGACUUAAAGGAGAAAAAUAUGACAGUUUUUGAGCAAGAGCUAAGUGACCAGCUAGCAAUUGGUCUGUCAAAUAGUUGA